AUGGCGUCUAUUACACGUGCGUUGCGGCCUCUGUCCCGCACCAUCCCCUCUAUCCGCCCUGUUGCAACCCGACCGUUGGCUUCUCGACUUCCUCAAAGCACUUAUGCCUUCUCUACCACUUGCCGGCGGCGCGACGUCGAUCUGGCCAGCCUCACACCAACACCAAUCUCACACCUCUCCGAGACCGAGUCCUUGAUGGCCGAUACAGUAUCCAAGUUUGCCCAGGAGCAAAUUGGCCCGAAGGUUCGGGAGAUGGAUGAAACCGAGACUAUGGACCCGGCUUUGGUAGAGCACCUCUUCGAGCAAGGUAUUAUGGGCAUUGAGAUUCCCGAAGAAUUCGGUGGCGCGGGGAUGAACUUCACUGCCGCGAUCGUGGCUAUUGAGGAGCUGGCUCGCGUCGAUCCCAGUGUCAGUGUUUUGGUUGACGUUCACAACACCCUCGUGAACACCGCUUUCAUAAAGUGGGGCGAUGCGCAGGUUCAGAAGAAGUGGCUCCCUAAGCUGGCCACCGGGACAGUUGGAUCAUUCUGUCUUUCGGAGCCUGUUUCUGGAUCAGAUGCCUUUGCCCUUCAGACCAAGGCUGAGAAGACGGCGGAUGGCUACAAGCUGAACGGAUCCAAGAUGUGGAUCACCAACUCUAUGGAGGCGGGUGUUUUCAUUGUCUUCGCCAACCUCGACCCCAGCAAGGGAUAUAAGGGAAUCACUGCCUUCAUCGUGGAGAAGGAUACCCCCGGAUUCUCAAUUGCGAAGAAGGAGAAGAAACUCGGAAUCAGAGCUAGCAGCACCUGCGUGCUCAACUUCGAUGACGUUGUAAUCCCCAAGGGCAACCUCCUGGGUGAGGAAGGUCAGGGUUACAAGUAUGCCAUUGGUCUUCUAAACGAAGGCCGUAUUGGUAUCGCCGCCCAAAUGACCGGCCUGGCACUAGGUGCUUGGGAAGAAGCUGCUCGUUAUGUUUGGAACGACCGCCGCCAAUUCGGCCAACUCAUCGGUGAAUUCCAAGGUAUGCAGCACCAGAUUGCCCAGGCCUACACCGAGAUCGCGGCUGCUCGCGCUCUUGUCUUCAACGCUGCCCGCAAGAAGGAAGCUGGCCAGGACUUUGUGCAGGACGCGGCCAUGGCCAAGCUCUACGCCUCCCAGGUCGCCGGCCGUGUCUCCGGCUCUGCCGUCGAGUGGAUGGGCGGCAUGGGUUUCGUUCGGGAGGGUAUCUCGGAGAAGAUGUUCCGUGAUAGCAAGAUCGGUGCGAUCUACGAGGGUACGAGUAACAUUCAGCUGCAGACGAUUGCCAAGUUAUUGCAGAAGCAGUACACGCAGUAA